AUCAUCAGUACCAGUAUAGAAUAUGUAUGGCAAGUAAAUCAGCUCCUCAGGAGACUUAAUUUUCAGUGUGAUGCAUGGUUAAACCACUUCUGACUAUAACCUAUACCAGUGUAAACAUAUCAAUAAAAUAUAAAAACAAGACCACUGGUACAAGGAAAAUGGGACAGUAUGCCAGUGUGUUCAUUGUUCCCUCAGGGAAAGCAAUCAACAAAGUGACCAAUCCUAACAAACCCAACUGGAUCACAGCACAUGCCAUAGCUUCUGAAUUAAGUAUUGCUGAGGUUGAGAGACUAUGGGUAAGAUUUCAGCAGCUCGGAUGUAACAAAGAUGGAGAGUUGACAGAUGAAGCCAUCAGAAAAUCUGAAUAUAACCAGGAUGUCUUCAUGAGAAAUAUUCUAAGAAAGUACAUGGAUGGUACCACAAAGAAAAUAACAUUUGAAAAUUUCCUUCGAGCACUGAAGUGGUGUGAACAGGCAACACAGGAUGAGAAAAUUAGAGCUAUAUUUCACAUGUUGAACAACGGAAACCCUGUGAAUCCAGACUUGAUGGUAAAGAUACUUGAAAGAGUUUAUCCCAAUGAUAAAGGGGAACCCAUUCAGAGAAUUACUGAACUAUUUUUCCAAAUAAUGGACAGAGAUCGCAAAGGUCAGAUAGAGGAGAGUGGGUUUCUGGAGGGUGUGAAGCGUAUACCACCAGGGAUACUAGAACAAACUCUUGGCUUCAAUAUACUGCCUGAUGAAAUGAAAGAAAGGCUCCAUAAAAACUUACAGGAGUUUCGAUCAGAGAGUGCGGCAGGUCGAGGUACAGGGCGUGCUGGUACAGUGCCUCCACAGGCUCGACUAACACCGCGACGUGGUCAGCAGGUACCCCCUGAUAUGGCUCUACGAGAAGUCUCUGAUAAGAUAUGGAAGAAGGAUUGGGCACGUGUUGCAAACAAGCUUGGAUUUUUUUCCCAGGACAUAGAUGAAAUACAGACAGCAUAUCCCAACAAUCCUCAACAUCAGGUAUACCAGAUGUUGAAGCAGUGGCGAGAACGAGAUGGGGAUGAGGCCCAUGCUCAGGUAUUAGAGAAGGCCCUGUUAGAUUGUGGACUGACAGAUGCAGCUAUCAUUAUGACAAGCUACUGAGACAGAUGUAGUAAAUCUCCCUGUCACAGCAACUGGCAUGCAAGCUACUGACAGUCACAGUAACGCACUCUGUCACAGCGUGACACACAUUAUACACUCAAAACUCGCAGCUGGUAUCCACUACUAAUUUCAGAGGUCAACUGUGAGGAAAUCUAGUCAUGAAUACUUAGGUGCCUGUUUAUUAGAGAGUAUAGGAAGAAGUAAGGAUGGAAACUGUGUUGAAGUGAGACUGACAACAACUGAAAAUUUUACAAGUAUAUCAGACAGAUACAUUGCCUCUAUAGGAAGUCGGUUCUUAGUAAUUUCCCUUUCUAGUAUACAGCAAAACUCAGAUUUACCUAUUUAAGACUAGCCUUUACAUUCACCUUCUUUUUAAAUCAUUUUAAAUGCAUCUAAAAAAUUACAUAUUGGAAUAAACCAAAGCAGCACUACUGCAUUCUUCAUACAAUUAAUAUACUGUAUGAAAAUUUUCUGAACAGAUAUUAAAGUACUGAGAUUUUAAUUGAAAGUUCAUAUAUGUUUGGAAAUAGAAUUUGUUAAUUAAAAAUUUGUGACAUGCAGUACAUAAUUCCAUAAUUGUA